GAUGACAGUGAUCAGUUCAGCGCAAUAAAGAAUCAAGACAAACUAAAACAGGAACCUGAGAAGAUUAGGAUUUGGAGGGAGGAGCAAGCUGAAAGGCUAAGGGUCAAAGAUGCCGAAUCUGAGAAGAAGAAGGCAGAGUGGCGAGACAUUGCCAGGAAGGAACUCGAGGAAUGGUACAAACAUAGAGAUGAACUCUUGGACAAGACAAUGAAAGUAAACAGGGACUCUGAGGGCUCCUUUGUUCAGGAACGUGAUGAGAAGAAACCAGGUGGUGAGUGGGAGCGUGUCUGUCGUCUCUGCGACUUCAAUCCGAAGGGGUCCAGGAACAAUAAAGAUGUAUCGAGGAUGAGGUCAAUUCUUCUUCAGAUGAAGCAGACCCCAGUUGUUCGUUAG